UCGGUUCGGCGGGAUGUCCUGAAAACAGACAUGCGCAGAAGUACACACGUGUUUCUUUCGGAGAGUCGCACUGUGAAGAUGGCGGACGGAGAGAUUUCCUCAGCGAAGAAACACAAGAAGAGGAAGGAAAAGAAAUUAUCGGAUGAUGAAGUUGGGGACAUCCAGGAAAGUGGCGAGUUCCUCAUCAAGCCCGAGUCCAAGGUCGCCAGCCUGGACACAUCUCAGUGGCCUCUGCUGCUGAAGAACUUUGACAAGCUGAACAUUAGAACGGCACAUUACACCCCUCUGCCCAACGGGUCAAACCCUCUGAAGAGGACCAUUCAGGACUAUGUCAGGUCGGGGUUCAUUAACCUGGACAAGCCGGCGAACCCGUCUUCUCACGAGGUGGUGGCGUGGAUCCGGCGCAUCCUGCGCGUGGAGAAGACGGGGCACAGCGGCACGCUGGACCCCAAGGUCACGGGCUGCCUGAUCGUGUGCGUGGACCGCGCCACGCGCCUCGUCAAGUCCCAGCAGAGCGCAGGCAAAGAGUAUGUGGGGAUUGUUCGGCUGCACAACGCUCUAGAGAGCGAGCACCAGUUGGCGAGGUGUCUGGAGACCCUGACGGGGGCGCUGUUCCAGAGACCGCCCCUGAUCGCUGCGGUGAAGAGGCAGCUGAGGGUGCGAACUAUCUACGAGAGCAAACUCAUCGAGUACGACCCCGAGAGGAGGCUGGGGAUCUUCUGGGUGAGCUGCGAGGCGGGGACCUACAUCCGCACGCUGUGCGUGCACAUGGGCCUCCUGCUGGGCGUGGGCGGGCAGAUGCAGGAGCUGAGGAGGGUCCGGUCCGGGGUGCUGGGGGAGCGGGACAACAUGGUGACGAUGCACGACGUGCUGGACGCCCAGUGGCAGUUUGACCACAACAAGGACGAGACCUACCUGCGCCGGGUCGUCUACCCGCUGGAGAAGCUGCUGGUGUCCCACAAGAGGAUCGUCAUGAAGGACAGCGCGGUGAACGCCAUCUGCUACGGCGCCAAGAUCAUGCUCCCCGGCGUCCUGCGGUACGAGGACGGCAUCGAGAUCAACCAGGAGAUCGUCAUCAUCACCACCAAGGGCGAGGCCGUCUGUCUGGCCAUCGCCCUGAUGACCACGGCGGUGAUCUCCACCUGUGACCACGGCGUCGUGGCCAAGAUCAAGAGGGUCAUAAUGGAGCGGGACACCUACCCCCGCAAGUGGGGCCUGGGCCCCAAGGCCAGUCAGAAGAAGAUGAUGAUCCAGAAGGGCCUGCUGGACAAGCACGGGAAGCCCAACGGCAGCACGCCCGCCACCUGGAAGGAGGGAUACGUGGACUACGGCACGUCAAAGCCAGCUGCUCCUGAACAGGCUGCACAGCCCACCAAGAGGAAGCGGGAGGCCAGUGGAAGUGACAGUGACGUGCCCGCCCCCUCGGUGCCCGGCACGCCCAGCACGCCGAAGCCUGACGGCGAGGCCAAGAAGGAGAAGAAGAAAAAGAAGAAAGAGAAGAAGCUGAAGGCCUCUGAGGAGGGAGAGGAGGCCGCUGAACCAGCGGCUGAGGCUGAGGCAGAGACCACAAUGGAGACCGGGGAGAGUGCCAAGAAGAAGAAAAAGAAGAAGAAACAGAAGGAGGCGGAGGAGGCAGAGUGAGGUCAUGUGACCGGCCGCGGCAUAGCGGAACGUUCUGGACUGUUGGCCUCCGUGAGGACUGAGCGGCGUGUCUGCAGAGCUGUGGACCCCCCCCUCCCCGCCCCGCCCCGCCCGUAAGCCUGGUUUAUACUCCGUCGCUCAACGUUUCCGACGGCAGAAUGAAAGUGCCACGCCACGUUUUGCGUUUGACUCCGGCGAAGGCUUACAGAGAGACUUCUGUUCCUAUAGUAACGGGACGCCCGGCUGUUGGAUGUCGACGCCCGUGUAGACCGCUCAUUCCUCCAUCUGGCUGUCCGAUCACGCUGAUGCUGUCCAACGUCACAACGUGUGCGAAACUGACUGACACUAUCCCGUUGAUGAUUUGACGUUCUUCUUUCGAAGUAUAAAUCGGGCUUUACGCUUUCAGCUGUUUGUAUCAGCCCCCCUCCCCCCCGGCACUGUAUGCUUGUCGACGGUUACGACCGAAGCAAACUGUACAAUACGGCUUUUUGGUUGUUUUUUUUUGUUUUUUUUACUUGUUUUGAUCUUUUAAAAGUUCUCCCCCCUGGCAUAAAUCUGUGAUAUACUUGAUUUAGUUUCUUGGGAGGGGGGUACACCCUACUGUAAUGGGUGGAGACAUGUUGAUGGUGCAAUGUCUUAUUUUUGUACUGUAAAUAAGUGGCAGUGACUUGUAAGUGGGGAGAAGUGUAAUCAUGAAUAUUAUUCCAACAAUGAAUUUUUUUUUCUA